AUGGCCUCAUCGCGAAUCGAUUCUCUGGCGACCACUAUUGCCGAAUCGGCCCAGGAGCUACGCACUCUGCUGGCCCAACAUGGCAUGGCCGAGCCCUCUUUUUCGGCCGACUGCCCUGCAUCGACAGUGCUACCUCCAGCAGUAGACGAAGCGCGGAACGUCCUUUUACGUACAGCCUGUGAGAUCCAGGACCUGCUUCUCGACCCGGCAAAUCUUCUACGAUCCUAUGCCGUGCAUGCCAACCUCGUGUUACUACACUUCAUCCAACAGUUCAAUAUCGGGCAGCUCGUGCCCGUCGCGGGCGAGACCAAGACCAUCACAUUUGCAGCGCUGGCCGAACAGUGUGGGCUCCCUGACGCAGACGUCCAUCGUCUCGUCCGACAUGCAAUGGCAAUGCGGGUAUUCGAGCAAGUUGGCGAUAACGAGACAAUCGAGUCGUUGAAACGGUUUCCCAGCUCUUCAGAUCCUUCGCAAUCAGGCUUCGCGCUCGCCAAUAACAGCCUCACCCUCUACGACGCCCUCGCCCAGUCUCCCGCAAGAGCCGCCACGUUCGCUGCUAGCAAACGAGGGUAG